AAAUAUUAAAUAUUGAUGUUUUUAUUUCAUAUUUGGUUGCUUAAAAGAAUAUCUGAAAAUACCGUAAACGUAGGUAUACGUACACGGCAACUAUAAAGAACCUUUGACCAUUUUGUACCACAAAGAACUACAAAACAAAGGCCGCGCCUCCACUGCUCCGCCAUGGCUCGGUUGGUUUCAACAUCUACCGCCGUCGGCCUCUCCACAUUCCGCCCUUCUUCUCUCCAAUAUAAUCAACAACAGCCUCGCCUCGUGAAUUUCUCCUAUUUUCAGAAUAAACAUCACGGACAUCACAGAAUUUUCUGCCAAACCAAUCCCGAUUCAGUUGACUCCGCUGCAACAGAGGAAAAACGGGCUGUGGAGCUUGAAUCCGAGAUUGAUGGAAACGCAUCCAGCGCCGCCACAAUAGAAACAACUUCAUCCACCGGUGCUGGAUUUCCGGAGUAUCCUGACAAAAAUUUCAAUAGGCGAAUCGCAGUGGUUUCUACCGCUGCCGCAGUUGGACUGUUCUUGUCCGGACGAUUGGAAUUGGGGGGAGUAUCCUUGAAGGACCUCUCUGCUGCAGCAUUGCCGUACGAGGAGGUUUUAUCCAUCUACUUUCCGAAAAGAAUGGAGUAUUAUUAUCUUUGGGCUCUUUCGAAUGGCAAACCCACUGUGGUGGAGUUCUAUGCGGAUUGGUGUGAAGUAUGUCGGGAAUUGGCUCCGGAUGUCUACAAAGUGGAGCAGCAAUACAAGGACAGAGUAAAUUUUGUUAUGUUGAAUGUUGAUAACACAAAGUGGGAACAAGAGCUUGAUGAAUUUGGUGUUGAGGGUAUCCCCCAUUUUGCAUUCCUGGACAAAGAUGGUAAUGAGGAGGGGAAUGUCGUUGGACGCCUUCCAAGACAAUACCUGCUUGAAAACAUUGAUGCCCUUGCCCAGGGAGAAGCAACUGUACCCCAUGCUCGGGUUGUGGGAGAGUAUUCAAGCGCUGAAUCCCGCAAAGUUCACCGAGUUGUUGAUCCUAGAAGUCAUGGUUAGGAAAUAUUGACAGUAGAAUAGGUUAUACAUGGUGAUCAUCAGGUGUGUACUAUUGGAGUUCAGCUAUACCCAUAGAGGCUGAAUCAUUAUUUAUUUAUGUUAUUGGAUCUGCAGAGAGGUGACUUAUUUGAUGUGAAAAUAUUUUCAAAUAUCGUGUAUGAACCUCAAGGGUCGUAGAACAGUUAUUUUAAGUUCCCAGCAAGCAAGCUAAAGGUCGGAGGCUCUUCGGGCGACCAUAUCAAGGACAAGAAUCCCACCUUCUGUGUUGCUGCAGAGAUCAAGUCUUGUAUCUUCAGGGGAACAUUUUCAUACUCUGUUUCAUGUUGGCAGCAGAAAUAAAAUGCUUAACUUGUUUCUU